UUUCAAGUCGUAUGUAUUACAUAUUCUAACCUAAAACAACUUCGUUGUGGUACAUCAAACUGUGUAGUAGAAUAUUUUUUAGUUAUAUUUGACAAGUAAAUAUGUUAAAAUAUACGCAGCUGUGUAGAAAUUACGUAAAAUUAAAACCAGCGCUUCUUUUUAAUCAAACUAAUGUAUUGAUGCAACAAAACCGAAACACGUUUAUCUUAAGAAGAAAAUACCAAGUGCCCCUUUAUAAAAAAUACCAGAAAUAUCCACGGCUAACACAUAAACAUUUCAUUUAUGAACUUGUAGAAGAUACAGAUAUUAAACCACAAAAAUGUAUUGAUAUAGUUUUGUUAGAAACUAUAAAAGGAGUUGGUAUAAAAGGACAGAAAGUUACAGUAAAGUCUCAGAAAGCUUAUGAAACUUUAAUAUUACCAAAACUGGCCGUAUAUGCAACACCUGAAAAUUUAAAGAAGUAUAUAAUAGAAGAGCAAGAUAUUGAUAAAUUAUCAUAUAGUUCUCCAUUUAUAGAAAGAACAAUAAACCUAUUAGCUCAAUGUUAUUUACCGAUAAGAAUGUCCAUAGAUAUACCAUGGACUAUAGAAAAAUGGCACGUGAGGGUAUCAUUUCGUGUAUUAGGUUACAUUGUACCUGAAGAUGCUAUAACUCUUCCAAAGAAAACUAUAUCUGGGCCUGAUUUAUCCAUUGAAAAUAAAGAAUUUUACAUUAUUGUCAAAAUCAAUAAUCAAGAAGAAGUGAAAGUCAGAUGUAAAAUUUUUCAUUAUUCUUCUAAUGAACAGAAAAAAAUUAAGUACGAUGUACCAUUGUAUGAAUUACCAAACAUACCAAUUUUUGCAGAAGAUGAACCAAUAUUAAAUUCCCUUCCGAAACAUCGUUUAUUUAAAAUGAAACUAUAA